AGAAAAUAAUGAAACCUAAAUCAAUUUACUUAAUUUUUAAAUGUACUUUGUUAUUUUUUGUUAUAAGCGCUACAACAGAGGAAUAUCCAUGUGAAUCGGAAGAAUGGAAAUACUACCAAGGUUAUUGUUAUUGGAGUUCAUUAUAUCAUCAGAGCCCUUUCCAUCAUCAAAGUAACUGGUUUAACGCUGCGAGAGAAUGUCGCAAAAGAAAAUCUGAUCUCGCCUCUAUUCAAAACCUAGGAGAAAACCAUCUGGUUUUUACCCUCAACAGAUGCGCUAAUGCAUGGAUUGGUUUAGUAAUGAUUGACAACAACUUGAUAACGUCUGAAUCAGAUUAUAUUGAUAGAAGAGAAGAAUUUGUAUUGACACAAGGUAAUUUAAUUGGAACACUAAACACUAUGAGAAAAGAAUACAGUAUUUCCUUUAACAUAAAACCAACACGAAUUAUUUGGAACUUUUGGGGUAGUGUUCUUCUACUGACCACUGGUAGUAGUGUAGAUGUUUAUGGUGGUCGAAACCCAGGUGUGUGGUUUCAUGAGGAUGGCUCAGGAAGGCUUCGUAUUCAUGCUUCAGUGAGUGGUAAUCCUCAUUACUAUUUCGACACAAAAAUUUUACUUAAUUUAAAUCAAUGGUCUAAAGUUCGAAUAUAUCAAAGUUUUAUAGGCGGAAAGUAUUGGUUUUCUGUUGAUAUUAAUGGAGUAAACAUACAUAGGGUGGAAAAUUCCGAUGCUAGAGAUUUUGAAAACAUGAAAAUAUAUGCAUCUCAACCUUUCCACUCGGCACAACAUGGUUUUAUGUCUGACCUUCUCAUUUUCAAUGCAAAAGCUGAUUGGGAAUGGUUUGAUAAUUCAAAACGAAAUUAUGUCAACUGGCAGUCAUAUUAUCCUCACGGUGAUAAAUUUGAAUGUUCUUAUUUACAUAACGGAGAUGGAAGUUGGGCAAAUAAUUUGCACUGUGGUGAUUACCUCAACUAUUACGUAUGCAAAAAGCAAGCUACUGUUGGUUCAUUGAUAAAUAUCACAACAGAGUUUCACAAGUUUCGCGGAACUUGCGAUAAUGGAUGGUUUUUUUUAGGGGAAAAAUGUUACCACAUAAGUCUUAGUAAAGUAGAUUAUUUUGAGGCAAUGAUUCAGUGUCAAUCAAUGAAAGGUCAACUUGUGUCUAUACAUAGCAGUAAAGAAAAUGCAGACUUAACAAAAGUGUUUGAUACAUGCGAAACACCGUGGAUAGGACUCGAAAAUACUGAUCCUAAUAAAAUAAGUGAAAACGCGGGAUGGAAGUGGAGUGACGGUACACUUGUUAAUUAUCAUAAUUGGAAAGAUGGAGGAAUUGAAAAAGACCAUACAAAACAGUGUGGCAUGCUGCAGAGAGGUGCCAAAUGGGAAAAUGUUCCUUGUUGGGAGCUUCACCCCUUUGUCUGUGAAAAACCGAAACCCUAAACAAACUAACAACAUAGUUCAAAAAAUAAAAUUAGCUUAAAAUAAAGUAUUACGAAAGUCUGUAAGACAUUUAAAAAAUUUUUAUAAA